CGAGUGCAGGCGCGGGCGGGGAGGCGAGCGCGGCGGGCGGGGCGGAGCUGCCCCUGCCGCCCAUGUCGUCGUUCCGAGCGGCCGCGCCCGUCCACUCGCCCACAGACCCCAUGCUCGUCGCCAAACCCACCAUGCAGCCCAUGUACGCCGGGGCAGCGAACUCAGCGGCUGGCGGUGAAGGGGCAAGUCUCUCCUCGUACGGCUCGUCGCCCUCCACGCCUGUCCACUCCCCCCCUCCCCUGCACGCAAGGCUCUACCCCCCGCUCAAGCAUUCGCCGCAUCAUCCGCACCACGCUCAUCAUAACGGACAGCAAGCAAACUGGGUAUCGUCAGGAGUAUCAUCACCGCCCAGUGCAUCGACGCCGCACGCUCAGCUCACCAACGCAGUGUUGCCAAACGGACACCACGUCGGAGUAUUUCCACCCCCAGUCAUGGGCGCGCCGGCCGAGCAGAGGCAGCUCGACGAGGCCAUGGUCUUCCUCAGGGAGCACAGUGACGUCGGGAAAACGGUUGCGAGUGAAAAAUUUGGCGCGCGGAUGGAGGAGCGGCUAGAUGACGCCAUCAACGUGCUGCGGAACCAUGCCGAGGCGCCCGACCUCUACCCCCAGGAUGUGCAUCAGCCGCCAGCGAGUCGCGUGGGACUGGCACACCUGCAGCCCGAACCCGUCAAGAUGGAGCGCCAUCUGGUGCCCAAUACAAAGAAACGCAAAGAGCCCCCCGAGUCAGUCGCGGAGUCGAAGCCCUCGUCAUCAGGAUCUGACCUCCACAAGGGAAACUCAAAUAAACGUUCGCGGAGAUAUUUGAACAGUUGCUCCUCCGCCGACGAGGAUGAACUGGACCCCGACGCCAAGGCCGCGCGCGAGAGAGAGCGUCGCCAGGCCAACAACGUGCGAGAGAGGAUACGAAUACGGGACAUCAACGAGGCGCUCAAGGAGCUGGGCCGCAUGUGCAUGACGCAUCUGAAGAGUGACAAGCCGCAGACCAAACUGGGCAUCCUCAAUAUGGCCGUCGAGGUCAUCAUGACGCUGGAGCAGCAAGUCAGAGAACGUAACCUGAACCCGAAAGCUGCGUGUCUCAAGCGGCGCGAGGAGGAGAAGUCUGAAGACGCGCCCAAGUUACUGGCGCCACCACUGCAGCACUACCAACCCAUGCCGGGCAUGGGCCAGUUGCCAGGCCAGCCCCCCACAGGCCCUCAAUAACGACGGGCCCACACACACAUGUACGCACAUCCGCACUCACACAGAGGCCCUAGCCGGCACUAGGGCGCCCCUAUCACUGUUACAAGAGGCCCACGUGGACCGACAAGGAUCAAGCUGCAAACGACAUAACUUUAAAUCAUCUAUUUUUCUACUUUCAAAAAUUGUUUCAAAAUACUCAAUUUUCUGUUUUAAAUUAACUCAUAUUUGGUUUUCUGUCGCCAUCUUCAUUGAAGAUCCUUCCUUCCUUUUCUACCUUCUUUUUGUUUGUUUUUUUACAAUCAACCGAGACAACAUUCCAUAUAAUUUGAGUUGGGUUAUACAAACGGCUUGAGCAAGCAGUGGCCAGUGAUAGGUAGCCGGGCGCGGUCUGUGAGUGCGCAGUGAUUACCAGAACAUUACUAGAUAUAACUGUGUAUCAUAUAGGUUAUAGAUAUAUUUAGUGGAGGCGCGAUGUCCGCUCCUGUGGGGCGGAAUGAAAUUGUAAUAUAGCCUAGAGUUAUGUAGAAUAAUUGAUAUGGAAUAUAUAAGGAAAAAACGAUAUUUUUAAUUACUAUAUAAAAUGUUCGCUGCCAUAAGCGUAGGGCGUAGUCCGGGGUCCGUUUUUGUUGGCGACACUAAUCCCCGAAUCGUUAAGUUGGCCCGAAUAUUGACAAUAAACUGUCAAAAACGGAUUCCGGAGUUUAUGAAUUAUUUUGUAACGGAUGCCGGAUUUUACUAGAAUUUGAUUUUAUGACUUACGUUGUUUAACACGCGCGGUUAUAAAUGACAUAAUAUUUUGCGAAUUUUUAAAUGACAUGUUGUAUGAGUUCGCUUUACGGCUCCUAACUUAAGUACGUACUUAAGAUAGUUUUUUUUUAUUUUAAAAAGAACUCCAGUGAAUUUUUUAAUGUAUUUUACCCCAUUUACAGGUGUUACGCGAAUGCGUAUAUAAUUUAUAUAAAUCAUCUGGUAGCUAUUAAUGAUGUUUUAGUUGUGUACUUACUUUAGUAGGGCGUGAGUUGUGCAUGAAGCGAUAUAAUGAUCACGUGAUUGUAAACGAGUUUUAAUUGGAGAUUAUUAUUGAUUAGUGAUUGUUUGCACUGUGCCGAUUUAGUGUGCUUUGUUGAUAUAUCGAAUGAGAUCGAGCCGAUAUGACGUAUUGUGUAAAUAUAAUCGAAGCUCAACAUGGUUCCGUGGUUGCGUUGGUGACGGGCGCAGGUCGGGCCGCCGCCAUUGGGUUCUGUACCAAAUUAGUGGAUCUCUACGUGUGAGGUACAGAGGCGCCAGUGUCGCCGCCCGUCCGUAUGAUUCUGUAUUAUAUAGAGUUAAGUUUGAUUGAAGUCCGCCAUGUUUGUCAGCGUCGCGUCCAACGCUCGACCAAUGAGCGAUGGCGGCGCGAGACGUAACGGAAAUAAUAAAAUGGAAAGUUCAAAAUUUAUUUUUUUAGUAUUCCUUAGAUUGUAAGCCCACAUAAUCACGCGACGCAAGCGCUUAGUUUAGUUGAGUCUUUUCUUCCAUUUAGUGUUAAUUUUAAGUUUUUUUUAUUAUUAUCUAUUAUUAUUGAUUUUGUUGUCUGUACGCGCCGUCCGCCAGGUACGGUCGGUGAAAACGAAUAAUUUAUUGGAAAUCAUGCUCAGCUUAGAGGCACUGGAGUUAUUAUAUAUAUGUUCUGUUCUACAUAUCCUGGAGAUAAUGUAAAGGCUUAGAGGCUUUCGACUUUUAUUUGAUCGCAUUGUAUGAUAGAGUCGGUAAACCACUGUUCAAAUAACUUUAACGACAAAGUGUAAUUAUAAAAUGAAAUAAUUAUAAUUAAAUAUAUGUGCCAUUCAUUUUGCUAA